AUGGCUGAAGUUCCGGGUCAAAUAAGCUGUACGGGCGGUGGAAUUAGUCAAUUUUUCGAGCGGGUAUGCGGGUAUUCAAGACGAUGUUUGUUUCGGGUUAUAUCUAUGGGUCCUUUACCCAAUCAUCUUGCCUUUAUCAUGGAUGGAAACCGGAGAUAUGCAAAGAAGUGCGGUCAAGAAGAAGGGUCUGGUCAUAAAGCUGGGUUUUCUGCCCUUAUGUCGAUGCUACGAUACUGCUACGAACUGGGUAUCAAGUAUGUAACGAUAUACGCAUUUAGUAUAGAUAAUUUUAGAAGAAAACCUGAGGAGGUUCAGUCUCUAAUGGAUUUGUUGCUUGAAAAGAUCAAGGCUUUGCUUGAGAAAGAGAGUAUUGUACAUCAAUACGGGAUGCGGGUCUAUUUUAUCGGUAACUUGGCACUUCUGAGUGAUCAAGUGAGAGCUGCUGCAGAAGACGUCAUGAAGGCCACAGCUAAGAAUAGUCGGGUUGUGCUUCUUGUCUGCAUUGCCUAUACCUCGACAGAUGAGAUAGUACAAGCUGUUAAGAAAUCUUGUAUAAGCAAGUCAAAUGAUAUUGACGCAUCUGGUAUUUAUAAACAUGACGACACAGAUAGUGAUAUAGAGGGAAUGGAUAUGGAGGAACAGGAGAAGAGGAUACAGUUGGUUGAUAUUGAGGAGAAUAUGCAGAUGAGCGUGGCUCCAGAUCCUGACAUAGUGAUCCGCAGUUCAGGAGAGACGAGACUGAGCAAUUUUCUCUUAUGGCAAACAGGUAAUUCUCAGCUCUUCUCUCCGGCUGCUCUGUGGCCUGAGAUUGGCCUGAGGCAUCUGGUCUGGGCAAUACUGGGUUUCCAGAGAAGCCAUUCAUACUUGGAGAAGAAGAAGAAACAAGUGUGA